GGGUGGGGAGGGCUGUGAUGAAGAUAACCCAGCAACAGGAGACAAACAAACAUCGUCGGCUCAGAACCCAGGUCCCUCGCCAUAUGCCUGCGUGUGCUGCUUCCUCUCAGAAGGUCAUGGAAGACAUUUUUAUGAGCCGUUCAGAUCAGUCAUUAGAUCAGAUUAUUGCAGAGGGAUUUGGAUGCUACCUGCGUGCGCACGCCUUAGCGUCACACCUUUAUAAGUUGUAAUGCGACGACGCACGAUCGCCUGGAGGUUUUUGAUCGGUGUUGGUUAUUUGCGUGAUUAUGGCUCGGGGACGAGAAAAGAAGCCGAACUAAAAGCAGGCCUUGGGGUUUUUUUUUUUUACAGCGUGUAUCAGUAACAUUACUGCAACGUGGCUUUAUUUUACUCGCCAGAUGGACUGUAAUUGAUGUAUAAACCGUACAUACUUGCUUGGAGUUGGAUUCUGCCUCAGUGCAAAAUCACUUUCUGCCAAAUGAACACAUGCAAAUGGAAAAGCAGGAGUAUGGAAGACUGUAAUCGAUGUUCGCAGAAUUCCUGGUGCAACAUCGUCCAUGUAGACACCCGAUAAAGUCCAUUAAACCUCAUCGGACCAAAUGUACAACCCGGCGUCUGUUGUGCACGCCGAACACAGGCGGGCGGCUUCCUCUCAGGUGGCCUUGUUUUGUUCUGAACAACUGCUGUUUGAGUUUUUCCAGAGCCGGUGAUUAAUAGGGAUCAUAUUCAGCUGUCAGCAAAUGAUGGUUGAAAUUCUGCCUUUAUUUUUAGACCACUGAAGUCAUGCAUUCAGGUUACUGGGCAAAUAUGAUUCGUUAAUCAUUUUCCUCAUCAUCCCAGGUGCACAAAGGUCACGUGAGGUCACAACGACAACAACAACAAUUGAGUAAAUGCACAAAAGACAAAGAAAUGACCGUACUGUAAGGCUUAUGAGUGCAUACAUGAGUGUAAGAUCAGACAACCCGUGACUAAUAACUAAACCGUCCAUGAAUUUAGAUUUAAAACAUAAUAAUAAUUAGUUACAAAACAAUAAUACUAUGUAAUUAAACAGAUUUAUAACCCUUGGAGUCCCAAAUGUUCAACAAUUACAAUAGCAUUUUUUAAAUAAUUAAAAUUUUAGUCACACUUACGUUUCUUCAUGUAUUCGUUUAUUAUUAUUGUUAUUAUUAUUAUUAUUAUUUAUCGUUGUUGUUAUUAUUAAUGUAGUUGUUGUUAUGAAUAAAUAUAUAAAUACAUACAAUUUUCUUUUUUUGUUUAUUUAUGAUAAUUGUCGUUGCUGCUAUGAAUAAACACACAAACACAUGUUUUUCUUCCUGUUUGUCUUUGGUUUAUUCACUAUUACUGCUGUUGAUGAUGCUGUUAUGAAUAAAUACAUCAAUACAAACCUACGUAUAUUUUUUCUUUGUGUUUUUCUUUUCUUUAUUUAUGAUGAUGAUGAUUAUUGUUGAUGUUCGUGCUGUUGUUGCCGCUUUGGAUAAAUACUAUAAACAUAUAUACCUUUUUCUUUUUUGUUUUAUUUAUGAUCAUUGUUGUUGUUGUUGUCGUUACUAUGAAUAAAUACAUAAACACAUGUUUUUCUUUUUGUCUUUCUUUUGUUUAUUUACUAUUAGUGUUGCUAUUGUUGUUGAUGAUGUUGUUAUGAAUAAAUACAUCAAUACAUAGCCUACGUAUUUUUACUGUGUGUUUUUCUUUUUGUUUAUUUAUGAUGAUUAUUGUUGUUGUUGUUGUUUGUGCUGUUGUUGCUGCUGCUUUGGAUAAAUAUAGAAAUACAUAUUUUUUCUUUGUUUAUUUACUAUUAUUGUUGUUGAUAUUAUUAUUAUUAUUAUUAUUAUUAAAUAUUAUUAUUUUGUUUAUUAUUGUUGUUGUUGUUAACUUUCUUACUACUUACCUUUGAACCUUGAAAUAUUUAUAGAGGAUUUUGAACAAGUUCAUUUUUAAUUCAGAUCAGAAACCCGUUGAUUCAGGUGCAGCACACACAAGAUACAAUCCUGCUGUUAUUAUAAAGUCGAAUUUGUGCUGAUUAAAAAGAUUUUUAUUUCUUGUUUUUAUAUCAUGAACUUUAACCCUUUAGACGAACCGCAGCCCUGUCGAUCAGACAGAACUUUCUAAACCAAUUCCGCGUUUUAGAAACCGAAGACAUCUCCACGGUCUGACUCAAAAACCGGAGCACGUCCAAACGCGCAGCACCUCCCUGUGCACGCGCACUACACGCAGCAUAAAAUAAAGGCUUCCGCGCGCUUUCUAGUGCACUACUUAUAAACUAAGCUGUGAUUUGUAAUACCGCCGGUGUGUGCAGUACAGACCGAGAGCUCCCACUUCCUGGAGCUCCCAAUAAGCCGCUUUUGCUCCGAGGGGGGGCAGAAAACAAAAACAACACGAACAACAUGGAGGCGACGAGUUAAAGUUCGUGUGUAAUGGGUGGAAGGACGUGUGGCACAAAAAUUAUAAUAAUAACAAUAAAGCCAAUGUCGGGGAGCUUGUAUUCCUCCGCAAUACAGCUAAGCUAAGCGGCCUAGCUAAGUAGCUAACGCUCCAGCUCGCUGGCAGAGUCGCCGGCGUUAUACUUUUAUUUACUUUAUGGUUCCAGCGCAAAAACCUCCACCGACUGCCUUGCAAACGCAUUAUUUAUUCCGGACAGGUAACAUUACUGUCUCCUGUCACGUCCUUCGCACUUUCCACGGAAGAGCUCGCGCGUUAGCCCGGUACCGCUGUGCUAGCAUGUUAGCUAGCUAGCUAACUUUCCAAAGUUGCUGCAAAAAUCCCUCAGUGUGUGUGUGUGUAUGUAUGUGUGUGUGUGUGUGAUGCACGGCCUGGCAGUACGACUCAGCCACACGCUUAAUUUUUACACCGCAGACGACGACGUCCUUUUUGUUGCCACAUACUGAAUGUUCUUAGCUCUUUAUUAUUGCUUUUUUUUUUUUAAACGCGUCGUAUUGGUGUUUUAAUGCUUGGUGCUAGCUAGCUAGCCGGCUAGCGAUGUCUGUCCCGUCCUCAGAAAUGCUCGAGACGCCUCCUGGAUAUCCUUUCGAAGAGAUUGAUUAUGCAGACAUUGAUGUGGAAGAGGUGGUGGGCAGAGGAGCUUUCGGGGUCGUGUGCAAGGCCAAAUGGAAAGGCAAAGACGUUGCAAUCAAGACCAUAGAGAGUGAAUCCGAAAGGACGGCUUUUGUCGUAGAGCUUCGUCAGUUGUCUCGCGUGAAUCACCCCAACAUCGUGAAGUUGUACGGCUCCUGUCAGAAUCCUGUAUGCCUGGUAAUGGAGUACGCAGAAGGGGGCUCUCUGUACAACGUGUUGCACGGCGCCGAGCCACUCCCCCACUACACAGCGUCCCACGCCAUGAGCUGGUGUAUGCAGUGCGCUCAGGGCGUCUCGUACCUCCACGGCAUGAAACCAAAGGCUCUCAUUCACAGGGACCUCAAGCCACCCAAUCUGCUGCUGGUCGCCGGAGGAACCGUUCUGAAGAUCUGCGACUUCGGGACGGCGUGCGACAUCCAGACGCACAUGACCAACAACAAAGGCAGCGCGGCCUGGAUGGCUCCCGAGGUGUUCGAAGGCAAUAACUACAGCGAGAAGUGUGACGUGUUCAGUUGGGGCAUUAUUCUUUGGGAGGUGAUCACACGCAGGAAGCCUUUUGAUGAGAUCGGAGGACCAGCCUUCCGGAUCAUGUGGGCCGUGCACCGUGGAACUCGUCCUCCCCUCAUUAAGAACCUGCCCAAGCCCAUAGAGAGCCUGAUGACACGCUGCUGGUCCAAAGAUCCCUCGCAGCGGCCUUCCAUGGAGGAGAUUGUCAAAAUCAUGAUGCACCUGAUGAAGUAUUUCCCUGGGUCAGACGAGCCCCUGCAGUACCCAUAUCAAUAUUUGGAUGAAGGCCAGAGUAACUCUGCCACCAGCACAGGCUCGUUCCCCAGCAUGAGCAACAGGAACGACGGCAGCAUGGAUCACGGCACGCCGGCUGGCACUAACGACACCAUCAAGACCAUCGAGAAGUUCGCACCGUUCAAACCAAAGGCGGAUCCUCUGAGGCCCGGGCAUUCUCUGUCGAGAGGCGGCAGCGUUGAGAGUCUCUCAGUGCCGGGCAGGACGCACUGCCUGCCCUCAUCCGACAGCAAACGAAUGAGCGCUGACCUCUCUGAGCUCAGACAAGACGACAAGAUGCCCUUCUCUCCAGCGCGGCCGCAGUAUAAACGAGGCCACCGCAAAACAGCGUCGCACGGCACCAUUCUGGACAUUCCAGAGAUCGUCGUCACAGCCACCUGCGACCUUAGACGGAGGUCGGUACAGGAUCUCCCCGCCGCCUUCCCCGGCGAGACAGGACAGGAAAGCGGGAACAGCAGCAGGUCGUCCAGUCCCAGCGUGAGGAUCGACAAAAACAGAUGCCACAUCUCUCCCGAUGACCCUACAGACUCUAACGGUUCUGAUAACUCCAUUCCCAUGGCUUAUCUGACGCUGGAUCACCAGUUACAGCCACUCGCUCCGUGCCCGAACUCCAAGGAGUCGAUGGCGGUGUUCGAGCAGCACUGUAAGAUGGCGCAGGAGUACCUGAAAGUGCAGACGGAGAUCGCUCUGCUCAUCCAGAGGAAGAACGAGCUGAUAGCUGAGCUCGAUCAGGACGAGAAGGACCAGCAGAACACGUCUCGCCUGGUCCAGGAGCAAAAGAAACUUCUAGAAGAGAACAAGAGCUUGUCCACUUACUUCCAGCAGUGCAAGAAGCAGCUGGAGCUCAUCCGUGCACAGCAACAGAAAAGACAGGGCACGUCGUGAUGCCCCUUCAGAAAAGAAAAAACAAACGCCCCACACACAGACUGGCUCACUUACAUCACGUUUUCUUUUUCUUUUCUAUUUUUUUUUUUUUUCCUCAGCCCCAGUUAAUCAUGACUUCUUCCUGUAGCAGCCCGUUUCCGACGCCACGGAUCGACUUGGCUAAGACUGUGCACGAGCAUGCUGCCUCCAGACCAGGAUCUAGAGUGUUUGAAACGCCAGCUAGAAGUUCUCUUUUAUUCAAAAAUCAAAGAGCAGUGCGCUUGUCUACCACAUUAAUGCACCUGUCGGUCCUAACGAGCCAAAGUGUUCAGUUUCGUGAAGUGUGCAGAUUCGGGGCCUUAGGGAAGGACCCCGUCUGUGUUAAAUCCCAUCGGUUCGCAGGGACGUCGGUGUUCGAAUUUGCCCUUCCUCACCAAUCCCACAAUUCCCCUGGAGGAUCGGGCGACGCCACUUUGCUGGCUGUCCAUCCUUAAGAAUGUGAACACAAAGCAGUUUUAAGUUACAUGGAUUCUAAACUGAU